UUAUUUUCGAGAGUUUCUUGCUGGCAGCUCGGCGCUUUGUCAAUUCAUUCGACUAAAUCUUCUAUUAAUAAAUUAUAUUCUGGUCAUGGUAUUCCUGCUAAUUUCUUCCCAACCUCGACGGGCAAGUUAUUGUACCCUUCGCAAGUUGCAAGAACAACAAUAAAUGGCAACUAAUAAGCACAGGUCACAAAUGCCCACACCCUUAAACACUCACACACACAAAGACCAUCGACAACUAAACAGUUCGUUGAGCAGAAAAACGAGGAAAUCUACUUAAUCACGUUUAAUUAAGGUCGCACCGCCCACCACAGAAGGCUGCCACGCCCCCAUCCAGAAGGCAGGACGCACGGCACACCACAACCACAACCCCCAACAUGGGCAGCGGACACUAUUUCUGGGCGAUCCUAUACUUUGCCAGCCUGUGCAGUGCAUCACUAGCAAAUAAUGCCAAAAUAAAUUUCCGAGAAAAGGAGAAAAAAGUCUUAGAUCAAAUUUUAGGUGCAGGCAAAUACGACGCCCGAAUACGACCAUCCGGAAUAAAUGGCACAGCUAAUAAGGCCACCACUGUGGAGGUGAACAUGUUCCUGCGCUCCAUUUCGAAAAUCGACGACUACAAAAUGGAGUACAGUGUCCAGUUAACCUUCCGUGAGCAGUGGACGGAUGAACGCCUCAAGUUCGACGAUAUCCAGGGUCGCCUGAAAUAUCUGACCCUGACGGAGGCGAACCGCGUGUGGAUGCCCGAUCUUUUCUUCUCAAACGAGAAGGAGGGACACUUCCAUAACAUCAUCAUGCCCAAUGUGUAUAUCCGCAUCUUCCCCAAUGGCUCAGUGCUAUAUAGUAUACGUAUCUCGCUGACGUUGGCCUGCCCAAUGAACUUAAAGCUAUAUCCGUUGGAUAGACAGAUCUGCUCACUGCGGAUGGCAAGCUAUGGCUGGACCACCAACGACUUGGUCUUCCUGUGGAAGGAGGGCGAUCCUGUGCAGGUGGUAAAGAACUUACACCUACCUCGCUUCACACUGGAGAAGUUUCUGACUGAUUACUGCAACAGUAAAACCAACACUGGUGAAUACAGUUGCCUCAAAGUCGAUCUACUAUUCAAGCGAGAAUUCUCAUAUUACUUAAUACAAAUUUAUAUACCAUGCUGUAUGUUGGUCAUUGUAUCAUGGGUAUCAUUCUGGCUGGAUCAAGGAGCAGUGCCGGCGCGUGUGUCAUUGGGUGUGACCACCCUCCUGACCAUGGCCACCCAGACGUCGGGCAUUAACGCCUCCCUGCCGCCCGUUUCCUACACCAAGGCCAUCGACGUGUGGACUGGCGUGUGCCUGACGUUCGUGUUCGGGGCCCUGCUCGAGUUCGCCCUGGUGAACUAUGCAUCCCGUUCAGGUUCGAAUAAAGCUAACAUGCAUAAGGAGAAUAUGAAAAAGAAGCGCCGCGAUCUGGAGCAGGCCAGUUUAGAUGCCGCUUCAGAUCUGCUCGAUACAGAUAGCAAUGCAACGUUCGCAAUGAAACCACUGGUUCGCCAUCCCGGCGAUCCGCUGGCCCUGGAAAAGCGGCUCCAGUGCGAGGUGCACAUGCAGGCCCCGAAGCGCCCCAACUGCUGCAAGACCUGGCUGUCCAAGUUCCCCACAAGACAAUGUUCUAGAUCCAAGAGAAUCGAUGUUAUAUCUCGGAUCACGUUCCCGCUGGUCUUCGCCCUGUUCAACCUGGUCUACUGGAGCACAUAUCUCUUCAGGGAGGAGGAGGAUGAGUAAAUGCCGUUACCUAUUGCCAAACACCAAUUACUUUAUAGAAGAGUUGGCGCUGUUGGCGCUGUUGGCCAACACGAAUGUACUAACCUAUUCCUUUCAUUCUUUUCCACUUCGGUUGUCUUCAUUUCAUGCUUUGUGUUGCUUAUGGCUUUGUUGGCUUCAUUUCCAAUUUGGUUGAUUUCUUGAUUGACACCUUGAUUGAAUGGUUUGAACCGCUAAAGGACCUUCUAAGGCGCGUCUCUGAAAUCCAGUGGCUAUGUAGAAUCUAACAUGAAAUUAACUAAUUAUACCGAUAACGAGAUAGAGAUCGAGCUCGAGAUCGAGAUCGAGGAAUACGUUACGAUAAUGCUAAACGCUGUAUGCUUUACUUAUGGUUAUGUCUCGGAUCAGUGCAGGAUAAUUAAGAACGGUAUCCGGUAUCGGCAAGGCUUCAACGCACUUCCACUAAACGAACAAAUAAUGUUUGAUGAAAUGAAUGACAAAAUUAUAGUUAAUUGUAAGUUGAAUUGAUCAAGAGUGACUGCAUAGUAGAUAAUGUUAUAAAUAAUUAUACGAUACACACACUGACACACACCACCACACUUGUUUGACUUGAUUUGUUCUGAGGAUGCUCCAAAUUGUUACGAAUUGAUUAAUUAUUUUAGCUCGUAAUCGACGAUAAUCGAGUUUUGUUUCGGACUCUAGCUUAGUUCUAAAAAAUUGCAAUUGAUUUGUACUUAAAAGCGUUAAGUUAGUUAAGCGGCAAACAGCGAGAGGAGGUCGUAGAAAGUUCGACGUUUGUAAAUAUGUCAUACAAUAAGUUUUAAGCGAACUAGUUUAAAUGAAUUCUAAUUGUAAAAAGCGUGUAGAUAAAUUUAAGUUUAGUCGAUAAACGAACAACUAACCGAAGCGAGAAAAUCUAGGUAAAUUCAAUUUAAUUAUGUUCACCAUCGAAGUAAAUAAAAAUCGAAUCGACUCGAAAAUAUCGAAGAAUAUCCUUCAAAGCACACAAAAAACAAAAACAGAAUUUUAUUUUCGCAUUAUUUGCCCAAACUACUCUUAAUUAAUAAGUUCAACUGAAACUGGUGGGUAUCUGCAAGUUACUUUUCCUAAAACUUUCUUAGAGACGUUCUUCAUUAUUUAUAAACGGCUUGCUUUUGAUUUUAGAGUUGAAUAUUUAUAGUAGUUAAACUGUUAUUAUACUUACUGGGAAUUAAGCCCUCGAAUUCUAAUUCCAUUUUGAUUUGAUUCCUUAGAAUAUUAAUAUAAAUUAUAAAUUAUCAAUUAUCUAAUUAUCUAAUUAUGUAUUGGGUCGCAGUGGCCACUUAGCUAGUUAAUUUCCUUAAUUAGACUUACAAAAUAAAAAUAUACAACAUGAAAACCAUAAACCAAAUAACAGACAAUACAAAAUGUUUUAUCAAGUAGUAAAAAUCCCCGAAGAACUUAAUGAAUACUACACCUUAAUUUACUGAAAUCAGUAUUAUAAGACAUAAAUUAGAUCAAGUAUAUACAGUUCUUUUCAUAUCGAAAAAUAUCUUUGGUUAUUUAAGUGCCUUUUGUAUGCCAAGAAGAUUUCUCCCCCACUUUCUCCCCACAUUCCCUCUCUUCCCCUCUUUUGAAUAACUCUAAUACUUUCACACUGAAGAUCUUCCCCAAGAAAUGCACUAACCGAGCUCUAAUUUUAGAACUACAAUUAAAGUGAAUUCUACAUAGCAACAACAGAAACAGAACCAGAACCACAAAAACAACUUAAAUCUUUCAGAUAAAAUCAAAUAAAAUAUUUUAGUAGUUUUUUUAAAAUUUUUAUUAACUCGAAGCCUGUUUUAUUCUCAUGUUUAUUUAAACUUUUCCUUUGGUUUUGGAAAUGCUUUUGUUUGCUUUCAUUUGUAAUCUAAAGGUAAGAAAUUAAACGUAAAAUGAAAUCAAAAAUCAAUUGAAACUUAUUCUAAUAUAUAGACACAACACAAGGCACCCUGCAUAACAAUUGUUGUCAUUAAACAAGCGUCAUAAGUACGAUCAAAACAUAAAGAAACCCGAAAGCGGAAAAUAUUUAUAGACACUUUCAUGUUGUAAAAGUUGUGCCAAGCAAAGAGAAACCAAAAACUAGUCAAAGAAUAUUGAAAGAGAUCGCGAAUUAUAACUAUAAUUCUAGCUAUAGUUGUAUUGUAUAUGAAGCUAUUGAACAUACAGGGUUUUUAAAUGUGAGCAUAUAGUUGAUGAACCAGGAGAAGAUCAAAGAAACCGAAGAAAGUAGAGGGCAGCCGGGAACGGGUUGAUUGAUUAAAAUGCGUUGAUUGACGUACUAGAAGAAAUUAAUCACGAAGACAAAAGAACAAUUAAAUUAGGUCAUACACAAUGGGAGGGCGAAACACGGUUUUCGGCAUUUAUUUUUAGUGGAAAAACAUACUUAGGUUGUGUGCUGCUCUUCGUUUGCCGUUCUCCAAUUCGGUCAAUUAUCAUUUUUCCGGCAAAUCGUUUAGCAGCGGCAGUCCAGUUCAAUGUAAAUAGUUUGGGUCAGAAUAUGUAAAUGUCAUUUAAUGGUUAGGUUAACGAGAAACACAACUACGGGAAAUCGUAACACGAAAUGUGCACAACUUUAUAUAUAGAUGCGUUCAAAAAAGACUUACAGGUUUUGAUUAACAAAGAGAAGCAUAGAGAUUAAAUCAUUUACCAAUGCGAUGUAAACACGAGCAGAACUAUGCGAACGAGUAGAUCCUAAGUUAACGUAUGCGUAGAUCCUAAGAGGCAGU